CCCAUUACUACUACUACGGGUUGUACUCCACAGCAUCCCCCUGACACGCCCUAAACUGCUCUGGGUAAGGCAACAGUCCCUGCACACGUGCCAUCCCAGAUAGCACCCCCCCUGCUUCCACACCCCCCCCCAGCUUAUUAUCUCCCUUCCCGCCUUCACUUUUCUAUAUCAUCCCUACCUCCCCCCCUUACCAACGACGCCCUUCCUCUCUCCAAAUCGACCUGAGUCGCCAACUCCAUUUCCCCACCUACCCGGAUCGACAAUUCUCUUUCCGAAGCCAUGGCCGACGCAAAGCACACCUACGAAGCUGCCGACGCGAAGGUCGCCAACACUACACCCACUUACCAAGACCACGCUGUCGUCGAUAAUGAUGAUCUCGGCGCCCUUCCCGGAGAUCGCCCAGCAGGAUGGAUGUAUCGCGAGCGCAAGAUUGGCCCUGUCGUCGUGCCGUGGUACGCGUCGCCCAUGUUCCAGCUCAUCAUGGUCUCGUUCGUCUGCUUCACGUGCCCCGGUAUGUUCAACGCAUUGACGGGUCUGGGAGGUGGUGGACGCGACGAUCAUGCAUUGGCUUCUAAUAUGAACGUGGCCCUCUACAGCACCUUCGCCGUCGUCGGUUUCUUCGCCGGCUCCUUCGUCAACCGCCUGGGUAUCAAGGCAACCCUUUCUUUCGGUGGCAUCGGCUACUGCGUCUACGCCGUCGCGCUGCUCGUCUCUCAUCACGCGGGUCCCAAGUUCAACGGGUUCUGCUACUUCGCGGGCGCCCUGCUCGGUGUCUGCGCCGGUCUUCUCUGGACCGCCCAGGGCACCAUCAUGAUGUCCUACCCGCUCGAGUCCGAGAAGGGCCGCGCCUUCGCCUGGUUCUGGACCAUCUUCAACUUGGGCGGUGUCAUCGGGUCCUUGAUCCCACUGGGCCUGAACAUCAACAACCCGAAGGGCGCUGGUGUCCAGGAUGGAACUUACAUCGCCUUCAUCGUGCUCAUGUUCUGCGGUUCCGUCCUCGCCUUGUUCCUCUGCAACGCAGACAACGUGAUCCGCUCCGACGGCUCGCGCGUCGUCCUCAUGAAGAACCCCUCGUGGAGCUCCGAGUUCAUCGGCCUCUACAAGACCAUCAUCUCCGAGCCCUUCAUCCUCCUCCUCUUCCCCAUGUUCUGGUCCUCGAACUGGUUCACCACCUACCAGACCAACUCGGUCAACGGCGCCUUCUUCAACAUCCGUACCCGCGCCCUCAACUCCCUCCUCUACUGGUUCUCCCAGAUGAUCGGCGCCAUCGUCUUCGGCAACGCCCUUGACAUCGAGCGCUUCCAGCGCACCACCCGCGCCAAGGCCUCCCUCGUCAUCCUCUUCGUCCUCACCUUCGCCAUCUGGGGCGGAGGCUACAAGUGGCAGACCGGCUUCACCCGCGAGAACCUCCCCGCCACGGGCGACUGGACGGAUAAGGGAUACCUCGGCCCCAUGUUCCUGUACAUGUUCUACGGCUUCUACGAUGCCGCCUGGCAAUGCUGCGUCUACUGGUACAUGGGCGCCAUGACCAAUAACGGCCGCAAGAUGGCCAACUACGUCGGUUUCUACAAGGGCAUCCAGUCCGCGGGCGCCGCCGUCAUGUGGUCCCUCGACGCGAACAACAUGUCCUUCAUGGACGAGCUCAUCAGCAACUGGGUGCUCCUCGCUGGGUCGCUCCUCAUCGCCGCUCCGGUCAUCUUCAUGCGCAUCAAGAAUCAUGUGACUGUUGAGGAGGAUCUGAAGUUUAGCGAUGAGACGCUCGCGGAUGUGUUGCCGCAGGGGCACGCGGAGAAGAAUGUUGUUGCUUAGAUGGGGGGUGGUUUGUUGUUGUUUCGAUGGUGGUAAUUUUUUAAGAGAUGAGGGGGGAUGUUUAAUUUGUGGGGUGAUAUACUUGGUGGUUAGGUAGCGGGUAGCGUAUGCAUGUGUACUCGCUCAUUCGCGCCGCAGAUUGUGAUUGGAAAGUAUCGUAGUCUCCCCCAUUGUGAAGGCUCGCCAUUUUAGGUCCCACCCCUUCCUAUGAUAUCGACUCUACCAGACACUUCAAAACGAAAACAAAGCACAGACUUGGGUAUAGUAUCAAUGAACUGUUAGUUGCAACCCCCAACAGCCCCUA